UCCUUUUAUUAUUACACAAAUUCCUUUUUGUGCGACAAUUUCGUAAAUGCAACCAACAUUGUUGCAAGUUCAACAUAAAAGAAAUACAAGUAGACGAAGAUACACAUACGAACAGGAGGAGGCGAAAGGAAAAAACAACAUACAACAAAAUCAAAUAUUUAAGAGAACUAAAAAAAGAAAUCAAGUGCAUUGUUAAGAUUGUAAUUAAAGCUGAGAUUGUUUCUGGCAUUUGGAACGAAUCAUUUUGUAAUAGAAAUAACAAAAAUGUGGAAAAAAUUAAUGAUAACAUUAUUAAUAGUUACCUUGAGCAUAAGUUUUUGUCAGGCGGGCAGUGUACGAGGCCGUUCAAGUGGUUACAGCUCAAAGCGUAAUUACUAUGGCUCACAACAGCAACCACAACAACCCACACAGGCACCCGCCAUUACCCCCAAAGAAUAUUUAGACAAAAAGUCGGGCUUCUCAACCUUUGGCAUUAUAGCCAUCAUAUUUGUGGUGAUUGUUAGUUGUUUGGCCUUCUACUAUGGCAUUAUGUGCUAUCCAUUCCUAUGUCGAGAUGAAAAGAAAUAUCGCUUUAUGGAUGUUUCAUCCACCAUCACAGCGGCCACCUCACGUUCCAUACAAUCAAUAGAAAACUAUCCGGAUGAUCAAAAACAUGGACAAAUUAAUGAUGUACAUAGUUUUAAAUAAGUUGCUUGAGCCAGAAGCCAGGGAAACGAGGGGGCAAGUUAAGCAGUAUAAGUAAGCGUAAAAUAAAAAUGCUCAGAAUAAGAAAUUUAUUUUAAAAGUAAGUUUAAUCAGCAAUUUCAUCUAUCUUUUUUUUAUAAAUAAGUAGUUUUAAGCUGAUAUUCCUUAUAUGCCUAGAAAACACUUUCCAUAAACGAGAAGAAACAUAAACCAAAUUCUCAAACUGAAGAAAAUACAACACAGUUUUAACUCAAGCACAUUCUUCAAUAAAUGUGGCCAUAAUUGUUUGUAAAACUUAUCAAUGAUUUCCCAAUGUUAAAAGACUUAAAGCAAAAAACAUGACAGAAACAUAGAUUUCCUUUCUAGUUUAGAAAUCUCUAUAUGUAGUAUGUACUGCCCUUAUUUGUGUUUUUCCUGGUAAAUGUAAUUUUGUAUUUAAUCAUCUUAUUUUGCGUUGCAUACCUCUAUUACUCUAGAAUACCUUUCCUUACUAUAGGUACCUUCAUAAUAUCACAAUCAGUCUCAAUCUCUCUAACUAUGUUCUCUGUUAAAUUUUCCCUUAAGCCAUCAUUUUGAUUUCUUUGCCUUGUCUUUGUUGUUGUUGCUAUAAUAUUUUUUUACUUUAUUUUUAUGUAAACGUGGUUUAAAUCAGUGUGUUUCUUUCUUGUCUUGCUUAGUUUCAGUUUGGCCAAUCAUUUCUUGUUUGUACCGAAAAAGAAAUACUUUAUUUUUACUUCUUUGUCUUACUUUUAUUACUUCAUCUCGUUAUCAGCAGGUAUAAAAAUACUAUACACAACACACACAAUCCAUGUUAAUGUUUUUAGUAAAUUUUUAUGUAAAUUGUUUACCCCAGUGUGUUUGUCUUAAUUCUUUGAAAAUGAUUCAUGUUGUGUGAUUUUCAUCAUUCCACUUUUUGGUUUAUUUUGUUAGUUAUGCAGUUAGACAGACAGACGUACAGGAAAUUGCUGAAAUGUUACAGAUUUAUAAUUGUUUGAAAAAGAACUAAGAUUUCUUAAGUCUGAAUGGAAAAUUUGAAUUUAGGGUUUCUGUUACAACAUUAACUGGCUAAAAAAAAAAUCACAAAUAGGCAGACUGAUUUUUUGUAUAAAUUAUUCAUAUUUUCAUGUGA